UAAGGGUUACAAAAAGCCUCAUUUAUAUUUUCACGAUCAAAAUGGCGAAGAAGAAAACUCAACGUAGUGCCGCCACUAAUCGGCGGCUAAAGAUGUAUAAUAGCAGGCCGAAGCGUGACCAUAAGGGCAAAAUCAUAAAGCACGAUUUACAGUCGAAGAAGCUUCCUUCAACGCGGAUACAACCUGAUCCCCGCUGGUUCAUCAAUACUCGGGUGAUCUGUCAGAAGAAAUUGGAAUUGUUUAGAGAAGAGAUCCAAAAUCGGCUUUCCAGUAACUACAAUGUUAUAUUGAAUGAAAGCAAAUUGCCCAUGUCCCUUUUGAAUGAUCAUCUGAAGAAAGGAAAACUUCAUUCUAUCGACAGUGAGCCUAUUGCUGAUGCUUGUGGACCUAAAGCGAAGAGGAAAUGCCCAAAACAUAUUGAAUCAGUAGCCAAGAAUGACAUGUCUGAAGAUGCCGUCCUCGCGGUUCAUGAAGAAACAGGACCAUCGAAACCCAACAUUUUCACAGGAAGACGCACACUAGACCCUAAGCAAACCAAGUCAAAGCAUUUUUGAGGUUUAUGAAACUGAAGAUGCAAGAGAGAAACCAGAAUAAGAUUAGGUGAUUGAGUUUUUUAGUAUAUAUUAGUGAAGAUAUUUCAGUAUAUUCGAGAAUGUUAGUGGAAUCAAAGCAGAGCUAUUAUAACAAAAGCUAGAGAACCGAUGUGUAAUGCUGCUAGAGUAUGAUUAACCAUUGCUGUUGA